AUGGGCGCCUGCAAGAGCAAGCCGAAGGCCAAGCGGCCGGCGGAGGCGGAAGCCGAUGCGGAGGGCGGGGUGGCGCCGACCGCGGCUCCCGCCGAAGGCGAGACUGAAACGCCGAAACAGGAGCGGGCUCUGAGCCGCGAGGAUCCUCAAACCCGAACAGAAGGGCAGGAGGAACCUGCUGCAGCGGACGGAGGGAGCUCUGGCGACGCAUCUGGCAAUGCAGACAGCCACGUAGAAGCGGACAACAGCGACGUGAAGAAGGAUGAGGAAGGAAAGGCGUCCGCAAGUCCUGUGGCAGGGAACUCCAACAUGAGUGCAGCGCCGCAAGUGGAUGUCAGUACAGUUCAAGGAGAGGUGGCUGAGGGAGAGCUGGUGUCGAGGCCCGUUGUCACGCUUGCCAACGGCGUCACUUACGUCGGUCAGUGGCUGGGCUCGAAGAAGCAUGGGCAAGGCGUCCAGCAGUGGCCAGACGGGGCCAAGUACGUCGGGCAGUGGAAGGACGGCUUUGCGGACGGUCAGGGUGUCUUUACACACGCGGAUGGGGACUACUAUGAGGGUCAAUGGAGGAUGGACAAGGCAAAUGGGUACGGCGAGUACCGGCACUCCGACGGCAGCGAGUACCGCGGCGGCUGGCUCGACGACAAGAAGCACGGGGACGCCGUUGAAAAGUGGGCGGACGGCUCCCACUUCGAAGGCCAGUACGCGAACGGCAAGAAAGAAGGCGAGGGGGCCUUCACGUGGCCCGAGGGGUCGCACUACAAAGGUCAGUUCAGGGAGAACGAGAUCCACGGCCGCGGCCGCUACGUCUGGGCGGACGGGCGCUGCUACGAAGGCGAGUGGGAACACAACCGCAUGAACGGUCAGGGCGUCUUCAUGUGGGCGGACGGCCGCAAGUACGUCGGUGGAUACGUGAACGACAAGAAGGAAGGCUAUGGCACCUUUUUGUGGACCGAUGGACGGUCUUUCCAGGGCGGAUGGCUCAACGGCAGGCAGCACGGAGUCGGCAAGUUCACCGCCCGCUCCGGCGAGACGAGGCGCGGCUUGUGGGAGCAAGGCGUCCGUCAGCGGUGGCUAGAGGACGACGAAGACGUCAACGAACAAGGGGAAGUCGUCCGCGUGUCUGGCGGCACCGGCGCUUCGGCAGGAGGGGGAGGCGCCGCCGCUCAGGGCCACGACGAAGGGUCCGCAACAGGGACUGCCCUUGGCUCUUUUCAACAAGGUGGAUCGAACCCUCUGGGAGGAAGCGGAGAGUCCCCGCAGGGCGGCCAGGCGCCGGAGGGAGGAACUGGCAGCGCCGACCAUUCGCUCGGAAAGAACGAGGCCGCGGCGGUCUCUGCGUAG